AACGAGUGCGUUGAUAACUUGAUAACUUGAUGGUACUAAAAAACCAAUGCGAAAUACUAAACGUAGACAGAGCGAUUAGAAUUUAGGAAUCAGCGCGAUAGCGCGUGUUUAAUAGCCUGAUAGCUACAGUAGUAGAGUGCUCCCGGAAUUUAAGCAAAAUAUACAAUAAAAAACGUUUGUAAUAUAAUAUAUCGGCAUUCCAAAUACGAAGGCCGCGCAACGAUUGCUUAAAACUAGCUGACCGUAAUUGAGAACGUUGAGAACGUGGAGAACAUCGAUUUUAGUUGCGCGUUUUUGCUGUGUGUAGGACGCUUCGUGUGACUAGACGGAACACCUAAUUGCUAUUUAUAGCAUACAACUUAUAUUAACUGUAUUGUUACUUGCCAAGCAUUAUGACGCGUGCAGAGAUUUUUAUCGGGACCAUUAUUAAUCCGUCUAAGGAUAAAAUCAGUAUUGAUGUGAUAGAGAAUGGAUUUAUCAUCGUUAACGAUUCAAAGAUUGUAGGUCUGGGACAACAUAAAGACUUGGAAAAUACAUUGUCAACUAUUCCAGAACUCAGCACAAUUUACGUGCCAAGAGUUACACUCAAAAAGAAUCAAUUUCUUAUCCCUGGAUUCAUUGAUACGCACAUCCACGCUCCACAAUACCCAAAUGCUGGUCUUGGCUAUGAUGAGCCCUUACUAGAAUGGCUUAAUAAGUACACCUAUAAUUUAGAGAGCAAAUACAGUGAUUUAAAGUUUUCUGAAAAAGUUUACAAUGCUGUUGUGAACAAAACAUUGAGUUAUGGAACAACAACAGCCUGCUACUUUGCGUCUAUGUUCAAAGACAGCAGUUUGGUCCUUGUCAAUGCAGCAAUCGAUCAAGGACAACGUGCAUUCAUUGGUAAAAUCAAUAUGAUUCGAUUGGCUCCAGAUAACUAUGUAGAAACAGCAGUUGACAGUCUCAAUCACACUGUGGAGUUUAUUGAAACAGUAAUUGCAAAAGGAAGUGAUUUGGUUCAACCUGUAAUAACGCCUAGGUUUGCCCUGAGUGUUGACGCAAAAUUGAUGAGUCAAUUAGGAUUGCUUGCACAAAAGUACAACUUGGUUAUUCAGACACAUAUAUCUGAAAAUGUUGAUGAAGUCGAAAUGGUGCAUGACAUGUAUAAUGGAAGUUCAUAUGCGGAUGUUUACAACGCUGCUGGGUUGUUGACUAAAAAAACAGUAUUAGCUCAUGGUGUCUAUUUGACUGAAGAAGAGAGAACACUUCUUGCGGCAAAAGGAACAUCAAUUUCCCAUUGUCCUAAUUCCAAUACUAGGUUAAAAUCAGGGUUAUGUGAUGUCAGAAAGUUACAGGAGAGUGGAAUUAAUAUUGGACUAGGAACUGAUGUCGCUGGCGGAGCUUCAGCUUCCAUUAUUGACGCAAUGCGUUGCGCCAUUGAUACCUCAACGCAUUUAACACACAUGAUAAAAGAUUCCAAACCAAUCACGUAUUACGAAGCGUUUUAUAUGGCUACAAUGGGUGGUGCUAUUGCACUUGAUAUCAGUGAUAAAGUUGGAAGUCUUGAGGUUGGUAAAGAUUUCGAUGCUUUAAUCGUCGACAUGGACGUCCCCGAUUCUUCAGCGCAUCUUUUAGAAGAUUAUGCUGCUGAUGAAUUGCUACAAAAGUUUGUCUUUCUUGGAGAUGAUCGAAACGUGCAAAGUGUUUAUGUUGCUGGCAAAAAAGUAAAGUAAAAUUCAACUACGCCCUGACUUUCUGCUUUGAAGAAAUAGUUAUUGGAUUGUCCGCUGGAGGGCGCUACCAGUAUCAUAAGUUGUGUUAAUAUUUUAUAUAUAGUGUGAUGCAGGCUGCUAGAUGGCGCUGCCAGUACUAUUAAGUUAAUUUAAUAUUUUAUUUAUACUGUAACAGCUCGGUGAAAGAAUAUUUCCACUUGAUUUAAGCGGU